GCAGCCAAAUACGUAAUAAGGCCAAGCCUGGAAAAUGGUUUCCCAGGGAAUUUCCUAUCCUAAGAAACAAGUUUUCUAGUCACCGUGAAAGAGUCAAUGAGCUGAGCCAUACUUUAUCCAUUUCAGAGUUACACUCGAGCGCGCGAGAUGCUUGCGUCUCUGCGAUUUCAAACACUUUCAUCUCCAUUGAAGCAGACCUUUGUUCUCGUUCAUACCUUCGUUUCCUUGCGACGAAGCUCCCUUUUCUUACAAUCGAAUAGAAAGCCUAAGCAUAUCUCGUUCUGUAACAAAUCUAUUGAUCAAAUCCACCCAGCUGGUACGGUAUCUGAUGGUCUCUCACCAAGUUCGUUCGACGAGGCAUUCCCUCUUUCAGGGCUUGAAGAUGCUUUGAUGGGCUAUAUUUCUGGCAAGAAAAAGGCAACUGAGGUUGCUCACUCGAUGUGGAGACAUAUUGUCCGAAAAGGGGACACAGUAGUUGAUGCUACUUGUGGCAAUGGUCAUGAUACCUUGGCAAUGGUCAAAUUGGUAGCUGAUGAGUCAUGCAGGGGCUGUGUUUAUGGAAUGGAUAUCCAGAACUUAGCUCUAGAAAAUACUUCCUUACUGUUGGAUGCAUUGCUUAAUCCAAAUGAGAGGAAGCUUGUUAAGCUAUUUCAUGCCUGUCACAGUAGAAUGGAGGAUAUUGUUCCAAAAGGUACCUCUGUGAGACUUGUUGCGUUCAACUUGGGCUACCUUCCAGGAGGUGACAAGGCAGUAAUUACUUUGUCAGAAACAACACUACCAGCAUUGGAGGCUGCAAGUAGAAUAUUGGCACCAAAUGGAAUUAUCAGCAUAAUUGCUUAUGUGGGGCAUCCUGGUGGCAGGAAGGAGUUUGAAACAGUCCAAGCUUUUGCCUCAGGAUUACCAGUCGAUGAUUGGGUUUGUUCUAAAUUUGAAAUGAUAAACCGGCAAAUGUCUCCGGUCCUUGUUAUCUUAUUCAAGAAAUGAACCUCUGCCCCUAUUCAUUCAGACUUGCUACUUCCACAGCCUUCUAUAAUUUUUGUUAAGCUUUUUUCAAUUGUUGAGAGAUUAGAUUGGCAGAAGGGCUUUGUUG